AUGUUGUUAACAGGUAGUCGUAGAGAAGGUCAAGCUUAUUCGAGAUAUUUUGCCGACACAACACCACCAGAUUAUGAUUUACUCUUGGAAGAAGGUUUUAUUAAUUCAGAGGACGAGUUAAUCAAAUUAGAUAAUAUUCCUGGAUUUGUUAAAAUUAAAUGGGAUAAUAAAACAUUAUUAUUAAAAUCCCGAAGACAAGAUCAAAACGGUGUCUGGUGCGUUGAUGGCCUCAAAAUUAAAGAAACUUACUCGUCGUUAAAGAAGUUAGGAAUGAAAUCAAAUUGUUUCGAUGAUUUCUCUCGUGUAACUCAUGAAGUAACUAUCGAUUCAGCGAGUAUCCAAACAGCAGUAUCUCCAAAACAAGAAAAAAUGGCACAGUCAAUGAUAUUCAAACAAGGUUUACAUCUGAUAACUAAUAUGAGAAACGGCAUUCAAGAUAUUAACGUACUAUCCAAGAAUUAUGUAGCCUUGUUUAAACUUUAUUCUAUUCCAAUACAAAUCGAAUUAUUCAAUAAAUCUUUUUCUAAGAAAUAUAAUCUUUCUCCAGUAGAUGAAAAUUGCAUUAUUGACUUUUAUAGUUUAUGUGGACCGCCAUUCAAUAUUCCACUAACAGUUGAUGAAAAGUUAAAAGCAGACACUUUAGUUAGUUUUUAUUUGAAAUAUAAACAUUUAGUCGAUCGAACUACUGACGUUGAUAAAUUUAUAAAAGAUCGAUUUUUUCCUCAUCGUUUCGAUGCGGAUGUGUUACGAGCAUUUAAACUCAAUUUUUGGCCAUACGAUAUACAAAAAACAUUUUUGAAACGUUUUGAAGCAACCUGUCCUACAUUAUUUGAACAUAUAAAAACAACUUACAUGCACUUAGUGCCAAAAUGGUCUAAAAACGAAUCGACUAGUGCUGAUAAGCAGUUGGAAUUCCGUUAUUCUUUCUCAGCAGUGGAAAUUACAUUAUCUGAUAAACGAACAAUAAAUGAGAAAAUUCUUAAUAGCGUAGCAAGAAAUAUUUAUUACAAGUAUUUGCAUAAACCUCAAAGUAAUGACGAUUGCAUUAAAUCUUAUUUUGUCAAAACAACCGUGCUGUGGAUGUGUGAAUUGAUGGAUUUAAAAGCGUUUAAAAGUGAUGAUAAUCAAGUUAUAGCUGAAGUUAUGACUGAGAAAUGGAUUGAUUUUGUUUGCUCUUUGUUGAAACAGCGUUAUUGUCAACAUUAUUUUGUUGAUGGCAUUAAUAUUCUAGCAUCUUGCUCUGAAAAAACAUUAGAUGAAGCCUAUCAGAUAUUAAAAUCUGGUGUUAAUAUGAACGAAUUGAUUAAUUCAACAUUAACAUCAAAAUUAGUUGAAACUAUAAAACACCAGCAAGAUAAUCACAUUGAGUUUCGUACAGCAAAUACUGACGGUACACUAGAUAGGAUUAAAGGCGUUGAAGAAUUUAGAGUAAUUAAACGUGGGUGGGAUACAGAUGAUGAAAACGAUGAAAGUAAUGACGAGCCUUACAUACGAGUCUUAUUACAUAAAUUAUACGCAGUGGAUGAUGAUCAAGGAAACAAUUGGGUUAAAUGGAAACAAUUAUUUAUUGAUACUGAUUAUUAUCAACCGAUCGCAGAAUUCAAUAGAGCGGAACGUGAAAGUAGUCUGAUUGACUCUGCGAUUGAUUUGUCCACGGUCGCAAUAUCCUUGAAAUCAAUCAUUGAAAUCGUUUCCAGUGAAGAAUUAUUGGAACAAAUAAUAAAAUAUCAUCAAGAACAGUUGCUCUUGUUGUCUGACAACAGAAAUUUUCAAGCAAAGUCCGAUAACAAUAUAUAUGAUGAUAUGUCGAAUCCAAUCAUACAUUUAGCACUAUCAAUGCCGUUAACCAAAUAG